AUUUCCUUCUCACAGAAGGGGGCCGAACCGCGCGACGGAUACUGAGUCAGCGACCAUGGCCAACAACUCAUCAUCUUCCCCCACUCACCGCUUCAUCGGACUCCUUCAACAACCCGAAUUCGACCCUUAUGACCCGACUCAUAAUGUUCCCAACCCGAAUCCCCUCGAGCUCGACGAAAGCGACGUUUUUUGGUUUUCCACCGCCGCCGAGUCAUAUUCAAAUUUGAACUCACCUUCUCCGCCGUUGUCCAGCCACGGUUCGCCGCCUCAUCACCGUUCCCAGCUCCGACGUCAAUUCAGCCUGACGAAAUCGGGGCUGUCCGCCGCGCUGUCGGAAGACCACCACCACCUCAUUAGGCGGCAAUCCACUCUGAAUCCGUCCACCGCCGCGAAAAUAAUCCCGCCAGUGGUGCGAAUCGACGGUGCUCAGGUGAAAUUCCACCAGUCUGCACCGGUGAACGUGCCGGUAUGGCCGAAGAAGAUUAAUUUCAAAAAUCACAAUAAUUAUAUGGAAAGUUUUGAUGAGGUGGAUGACGAAGAGGAAAUGGUGCCACCUCACGUGAUGGUGGCCCGAUCUCACGCGACCUUCUCCGUCUUCGAGGGAGCUGGAAGGACACUCAAAGGUCGGGACUUGCGGCGCGUGCGCGACGCCGUGUUUCAGAAAACAGGUUUUCUUGAUUGAAAGGAAAGAAUUCCCAAUAUAUAAAUUUAAUUAUCAAUAUUUAUUGUAAUUUGCGUUACUCAAUAUUUUGAUUUAUAUUUCAAAUGAAAUUUUCUGCAUCUUGUUAGAACAACAUGUGUUUGACUGUAUGAUCACAUGAUGUUUGGCCGUGCUUAGAAGUCCUUUUUUAUUUUGAUUGUAUUAUCACAACAUUUUUAUAUCUAAUUUCUCCUACAUGGAUGUAUUUUGCAUGAUUCA